AUGAUUGACUCAACAACUGGAGGUAAAGCAUCACCAUCUUUACCAUUAUCAGCAACAAACAAUACUGGCAAUGACAAAAGCAAGAUUAAUAAUGGAAAUACAACAACAACAACAACGAUCAACAAAGAUGAUCCGGAUUGGAAAUCGAAAUUGAACAUUCCAGUCAAAGAUAAUCGCGCUAAGACAAGUGAUGUCACUAACACCAGUGGUCAUGAUUUUGAAGAUUAUUGUCUCAAACGCGAAUUAUUAAUGGGCAUCUACGAAAAAGGUUGGGAAAAGCCAUCUCCUAUUCAAGAACAUUCAAUCCCAAUCGCAUUGACUGGUCGCGAUGUUCUCGCACGUGCAAAGAAUGGAACCGGCAAAACGGGCGCCUAUACAAUUCCUGUCAUUGAGCGUAUCGAUCCAGAAAAAAACGCCAUUCAAGCUGUUAUUCUAGUGCCAACACGUGAAUUAGCCUUGCAAACAAGUGCUAUCUGUAUGGAAAUCUCUAAACAUAUUCAUUUGCGUGUGAUGGUUACAACUGGCGGUACAUCAUUACGCGAAGACAUCGCACGUUUACAAGAAGUCGUACAAAUUGUCAUCGCUACACCUGGUCGAUUGCUAGAUUUGGUGAAUAAAGAUAUAGCGAAACUUGAUUCAUGCCGUGUGAUUGUUUUGGACGAAGCUGAUAAGUUACUUUCACAAGAUUUCAAUCACUUGUUAGACGAUCUAAUUUAUCAUUUACCGCAAGAUAGACAAAUUAUGUUGUACUCAGCAACAUUUCCUUUGACAGUUGAUGAUUUUAUUAAAAAACAUAUGCGUAACCCAUAUGAAAUCAAUCUUAUGGAGGAACUUACUCUUAAAGGUAUUACUCAGUACUAUGCAUUCGUACAAGAACGUCAAAAGGUCCACUGUUUAAAUACAUUAUUUUCAAAAUUACAAAUUAAUCAAUCGAUUAUUUUCUGUAAUUCAACACAACGUGUCGAACUUUUAGCUAAGAAAAUCACUGAUCUCGGAUAUUCAUGUUAUUAUAUUCACUCAAAAAUGCGUCAAGAUCAUCGCAAUCGUGUUUUUCAUGAUUUCCGCACCGGUCUCUGUCGUAAUCUUGUCUGCUCGGACUUAUUCACUCGUGGCAUUGACAUUCAAGCUGUCAAUGUCGUCAUCAAUUUCGAUUUUCCCAAAUUGAGUGAAACAUAUCUACAUCGUAUUGGUCGCUCAGGUCGUUUUGGUCAUUAUGGCAUUGCUAUUAGUCUCAUUACCUACGAAGAUCGUUUUUCAUUACAUAAAAUUGAACAAGAAUUGGGCACCGAAAUCCAACCCAUUCCUAAACAAAUAGAUCCAUCACUUUACGUCGCUGAAUAUCAAAUGAGUGGAGACAAUACGAGCGAAAGACAACAACAGGAAAGUAAUGGCAAUGCGUCCGCCAGCGUCAAAUCUUAA